GCACGAACCCGCGUCCCUUGCAUCGGCAGGCGGACUCUAAACCACUGCGCCACCAGGGAAGCCCCAGGCAUGGAUAACUUCUGCUCUUCCUGUUUCUUGGGUUCUAGCCCCAAAGCCAUCAAAAUCUUUCCUUGUCCUUCCAGGUGUCUCCAGUGCUGUGCCCUGGCUGUGUGCUCUUGCUCUUAGAAGCCCAGAGAAUUUUGCUUUCCCCUCUUCUAUGACCCUUAACCUAUUUUAACACAUUAUUAAGGGCCUCUGUCUGUCAGUUGGGGGCACUUCCUGAAGGAGGGGCUUUUGUCUGGCCUGUCUCUCAGCUUUAGCCCAGAGCAUCACAAUUGCAGGGUGCUUGUGACUCUUUUGCUGAACAGAGGUGCUCGGCCUCCUUGGGAAGAGAGGAUCUGUGGGUAGACCAAUGGGGAGCUCUCCCCUCCAGGGGCCUGCCGGCUAGUAACAUACUGGAAUGUCCAAGAGUGACUUCAUAAAGCAACGAUGCCCUCUGUGGACACUCCUCUGAGGCCUCUUGGAAUCUAGAUGCUGAGGAGAUUCCUAAGCAGAGAUUUUCUGUUGGAUGGUAAAAGCAAGGAAUAAAAAUUGAAAAUUUGGAAAAUGUCUCAACACUUUUAUCACCAGAACCACACAAGAGUCCGUCCUAGCUCACUGUUUGAGGAUGUGUCGCCGCUGUUCUAUGAGACGUUAUGGAAAUCUCAGAGGAAAGAUACUCAGUGUCAGGCAUUUGUGAAGAGAGUUAUAAUGAGUCGUCUCUUUAAGAUAAUUAUGAUUAGCACCGUCUCAACGAAUGCCUUUUUUAUGGUCUUGUGGACUGAUUAUAAAACAAGAUACAACUUGUUCAGACUUUUUGAGGUCUCAGAGCUCAUCUUUGUGUCCAUCUAUAGCUCCGAGUUCUGCAUGAAGCUCUACGUGGACCCCAUCAACUACUGGAAGGAUGGCUACAACCUGCUAGAUGUGAUCAUUAUCAUCAUCAUCUUCAUCCCCUACAGCCUCCGCAAGAUCAAGGGCAAGCACUACCCCUACCUCAACAUCGCCGAUGGCGUACAGUCCCUGCGCAUUCUCAAGCUCAUCCCCUAUAGCCGCGGCAUCCGGACACUCAUCAGCGCCAUGGGGCAGACAGCCUGCACCGUGGCCUCCGUGCUCGUCCUGCUCUUCGUCCUGAUGUACGUCUUCGCUGUCCUGGGCUUCUGCCUAUUUGGAGUUCCAGAGAGUGCUGACCUGAAUAACUGGGGGAACCUGGCUCUGGCCUUCUUUACCCUCUUCAGCUUGGCCACGGUCGAUGGCUGGACAGACCUGCAGCAGCAGCUGGACGCCCGGAAUUUUACUCUGAGCCGUUCAUUCACCAUCAUCUUCAUCUUGCUUGCCUCCUUCGUCUUCCUCAGCAUGUUCGUGGGUGUGAUGAUCAUUCACACGGAGGACUCUGUCAAAAAGUUUGAGCGGGAGCUGAUGCUAGAGAGACACAUGACACUCAUGGAAGAAAAGCAUGUGAUUUUGAAGGGGCAGCAGGAGGAGGUCAGCAAGCUGAUGCAGACGCAGAAGAAUGUUGACCACAAAAGUUUCACUGAGCUGGUGGAGAAGUUUAAGAAGACCCUGCGGCACACUGACCCCAUGGUCUUGGGUGAUUUUGGCACUAGCCUACCCUUCAUUGAUGUCUACUUGUCCACUCUGGACAACCAGGAUGCUACCAUCUACAAGCUUCAGGAGCUGUACUACGAGAUCGUGCACGUGCUGAGCCUGAUGCUUGAAGACUUGCCCCAGAGGAAGCAGUCCCAGUCCUUGGAGAAGGUCGAGGAGAAGUAGUGGGUGUGGGCACCCAGGCACCGAGGGCCUCCCAGGCUGUGACACCCUGUCCCGCCAACUAAACACAGGUUUUCUGAGUUGGCCUCUUCACGGUUGCUGUGAUCAUGGCAUUUCUCCACCUUUGGGAAUUGGGCCUGAGUAGAUGCCCAUGAAGUCUGAUUCCUCCCUCACAUGACACAGCCAGACCUUGGGAGUAGGGAGUGGGGAGAGGGAGGCUCAAGGCCCCCCCUGACCAGAAGACACACCUAGGGUCCACACUGGCUCUCUCCUCCUUUGACCCCAGCAUCAAGGACCCACCGGGUUCCUGGGAAAGCCACCUGAGGACCCCGGACCGAGAAGGGCUUCCAGCCGCCCCAUAAGAGUGCGUGGCUCCUUUGAGCUGGUGUGGCCCUACUGAUCCUGGAAGCUCUGCUGCCCUCAUCUUUGUGUGUGUGCCCACACCUGGCAGAGCUACAGCUCUCUCUGUGCACCCAGAGCCCUGGAGGCCCCUCUUUGGGGUUCUACUCUGCUUCUCCCAGGCUCACAGUGAUGGUGGUGCCCCAGGGGUGCAGCCGUGACUGGAAGGAUACUGUUGUGUGGCGUGCAGUUCAGGGGGGCACCUCAUGCAGGGGCCAGAGGAGUGGCAGUAUCGGGCGCUUUGGGCUGCUCCCUCCCCUUUAGUUAGAACUCUUUACUCGAAAGGUGGCAUUUUUCUGUGUCGUCCCUGGCCACAUGACUGCCACAGCUGGCAAGGUCCUGGCGCCAUCCCGGCCCAGCCACCACGGAGCCAUCUGAAGGCCCAGGUGGGGCAGGGUGGCUGGUACCCCUUGCUCCCGACUGGCCAGACCAGAGGCCCGGCAGUGCCCCCUCUGCUCCCAUUUCUGGGGAGUGUUCUUGAGGCCUGUCACCUUGGCGGUGCCCUAUUCUUAGAGGAGACAUGAGUUCUGGGUUGAGCUGUGGGUGGGAAGCCAGCAUCUGUAGCUGGGUGCCCAGGCCCACCCUGGGGAGUCAGGUCAGUAGAAAACAUGUAGAAUUGAGAAUGGCUGGACAAGGGUCCCAUGGGGGUCCCGUGGGCUCCAGGCCUGGAUGACGGCACCCCUGAAGCCAGAGGACAAGGGCUGGUGGAAGCCUUUACUCGUGGUUUCAUUCACCCGACUACUAUUUCCUGAGCUGUGCAGGGUGCUGGGGGUUCUGUGACGAGAAAGCCACAGUCUCGUCCUGGCCCUCUUGGUGCCCACGGUUAUCUAGGGGAGACAGUCAUCCGGCCAGAACGGAUGAGAGAAAAUUUCCCUGAGGAAGUGACAAUAAUUGUGUGAAUGCAGAGAGCAUGUGUCUUCUAAGAUACUCAGAUCAUUUCCAUUUGCAAAUGAUCGCACUCAGGACCGAACUGAGAACUGUGUGAAACGGUGCCAAGAAGGAUCGCUCUGGAGCGUGAGACCCAUCGCCGUGCAGUGGGGGAGCCCUGUGAGGGCAGGGCGUCUGGCCUCGCUCCUUCCUCGGGUGGAGAGAACUUCAUGCCAGUGCCCUGGGAGGUGGCCCUGAAGUAAGCGGGGUGUGCACCCAGUACCUAACUGUGAAGGGGGCGACUCUUGGCUGGGGGCUUCCGGGGGGGCUCUGGUGGGUGCAGCCCAGUCAGCCCAGGAUGCAGGCCUCAGGCAGUGGCUCCGAUUCAGGACUGGGAUAAAGCAGACGUUGCCAACUGCCCACACUGGAUGUGCCAGUGUUGCAUGGGGGAAUGCGGAAACAUCUCCGCCUGCUGUCACUAGGAAUCGUGGGAGUUGCCCUAGGCCUCUGGGAGUGAACAAAAGAUUUAAAAACUUCUGCAGGGAGGCAAGUUAGUGAGUACCAUGGUUUUAGAGUCAGGAAACUUGGAUUCCUUAAUCAGGCGACCUCGGGCAAGGUGUCUGGUCUUUUGAAACCUCAGCUAUUUCGUCUGAGAAAUGGGCUGAUAAAACUGAUAAAACUGUUCAGCUAUAAAGAUCAAAUAAAAUACAUGUGACAGUGUAAAAAAAAAAAAAGAGACACAGUCAACUAUGGUUCGUGCUUCCUGGCUGUCAGCUCUGCCUCUGCUGUGAGGCCAGCUGCCGUGGGCUUUCCUGAUCAGGGGCUGAGAGGGACUGGGCCAAUGACGAGGUGGCUGGGGCGGGGGGGUGGGAGUGGUGAAAGCGUGGAGCUGAGAGCAGGAAGCAGAGAUCAGGAACCUGGGGCUGGGUAGGGGGGAAUGCGUGUCCAGGUGGAGCUGGUAUGGGAUGGCCGGUUGCACCUGCAGGGCCCGGUCCCAGCAGGGAAGCCCAGGCACGGGCUGUGGGGCUGUGGUGUGGGAGGGCAAGCUUCCUUUAAGGGCACAAGCAGAAGGCUUUCACAGAGCAGGGAGCUGGGAGAGGGUGAUGUGCAGACGGCUGGCUCAGCACUGCUGGCAGAACAAGCCACUGGAUAUUUGGUGUAAAGUCCCAGAGCAGCAUUCCUGUUUGGCUCUCUUUGCCUGCAGAGCAAACACUGGCAGAUUGGAAUUCCCACUUGGGCUCUCACCAACUCAAACAGGCUUGGCCAAGGCUUUCAAUUGAUUUGCUUGGGGCAGAAGUGGCUCUGCUUGCCCAGGCCUGGCUGUGGAAAGCAGGACCCUCCUCCUCCUUCCCCCAGCGUCGGGAUCCAGCAGAGCUGUCCCCAAAUGGCUCGCCCACCUCCAUCCUGCCAGCUGGGUGGUUUGGGGCUGCAGUGGGAUACCCGGGACCUGGGUCUGAGUCUUCUGGUCACACCCAGGCCCUCCCCCAGCUCUUGUAAGAAGGAUAUGGAAUCCAAGUCUAGAGGUGUUUGGAAGGUGGCUGGAUUUUGGGUUUUUUUUUAAACUGCUUGUUGAUUCCACCAGCAGGAAGCAGUCUCUAUAAUAUGGAAAUCCAGGCAGGACUGAGACUAUAAGUGCUCCUCUUCAGUCCAACAGCCCCUAAAAAUCCAAUACUGAGACGCUGGAAACUGCACAUCUUGAUGUUUUCCCCAAAUGUGGGUGAGACAGGACACCUUGUACAAUGAACCGCCCUUCCCCAGGUCAGGAGGAGACGGCUCUGAAUUCCUAACUAGGCUACUCAGAAAGGAGAGGUAAUUGUUGCUGAUUCUAGUCACAGGGGUUGGGAAAUUAGGAGAAAGGAGCUCAGUGUGAUGGGGUGAGAGUUACCAACACACGAGCAUCCUACUCUUCCCCACACCCUGCACCAAGAAUUUCGUCUGUGCUUGGUCCGCCACAUGCCGCACCUUCCUCGAGUUCUAGCUCUGAUUUCACUUAAGGCUUGGUGUGAUGCAGCCCUGGGGGGAUGGGGGAGGCAGGGCUGGAGAGCUGAAGGAAAGGGGAGCAUCUGUGCUUUCUCGGUUGGCUCCUGGCUUCUCCUUCACUGUGGAGAAGCAGGGUAAUGGGCAAGGCUCAUCGGACCUACACGAUAGGAGCCGGAACAUGGAGGAGGAAGGAAGUAAAAGCCAAGGCUGGGAGUCAGAGACUUUGGACAGAGGCUCCAACCCAGCUGGAGGGUGAGAAUGGAAAGGGGACAAAUGGAGACAGCAAGUAUCCUUGUAGGGUGACAGCUGGAUCCCCACUGAUGUUCCUUGAGAGAGGCAAAUAAUGAUGGAAAUUAUUUAGGGAUGAUUUUUGGUUGCUGAACUGUGUCUUUUAUUUAUUUGUUUUUAUUUUUAAAAAUUAAUUAAUUUAUUUAUUUUUGGCUGCGUUGGGUCUUUGUUGCUGCG